UCUUCUUCUGACUGAAUCCACUCUUCAAAGUCCACAAGACCCAUUCCAUUCUCAAACCUUGAUCAAAUCCACCGUUGAAAACCACUGCAGAAUCAUUCUCUUUCUCUGCAUUGCUCUCUUUGAUUUCUCAUGGCUGGAGAGCCACGCCUAUUAGAGAUCCACAUGAGGGUCAACUCGAAGAGGAGCAACAACCUGGUACACCCGAUGGCGGUGGAGACCGCACCCUCUGCAUCACCGGCUCAGCCGGUGAAGCAUUACAGGAAGUGGUUCCCCUGGUUGAUACCGCUUUUUGUCGUUGCCAACGUCGUCGUUUUCGUUAUCACUAUGUAUGUCAAUAACUGCCCCAAGAACUCUGUCUCCUGCAUUGCCUCCUUCUUGGGUAGUUUCUCCUUUCAGCCCUUCAAAGAAAACCCCCUCCUGGGCCCUUCAUCAUUGACGCUACAGAAGAUGGGUGCUCUUGAUGUAAGCAGAGUGGUUCACAGACACCAGGGAUGGCGCCUCAUCACUUGUAUGUGGCUACAUGCUGGGGUUUUCCAUCUGUUGGCAAAUAUGUUGGGUAUUCUAGUCAUUGGAAUUCGACUUGAGCAAGAGUUUGGAUUUGUGCUUGUUGGACUGCUAUUUGUCAUAUCUGGAUUUGGGGGUAGUUUGCUUUCUGCUCUUUUCAUUCAGACAAAUAUUUCUGUUGGUGCCUCUGGUGCACUUUUUGGCUUGCUGGGAGGCAUGCUUUCAGAACUCAUUACUAACUGGACUAUCUAUGAUAACAAGCUAGCAGCACUCCUCACCCUUGUGAUCAUCAUUGUUAUCAAUCUAGCGGUGGGGAUUCUCCCACACGUGGACAAUUUUGCUCAUAUUGGAGGCUUUCUUACUGGAUUUCUUCUUGGAUUUGUGUUUUUGAUACGUCCUCAGUUUGGAUGGGUUAACCAACGAUAUGCUCCCCUAAAUUAUUCUCCAGCACGAGCUAAGCCUAUGUUCAAGAAAUAUCAAUGCUUCUUGUGGGUCCUGUCCUUGAUCAUUCUAGUUGUUGGGCUUUCUGUUGGGCUAGUUGCACUUCUCCGUGGUGUUGAUGCAAAUGAUCACUGCUCCUGGUGCCAUUACCUUUCUUGUGUUCCAACUUCAAGAUGGAGCUGCCAUACAGAGCCAGCAUAUUGUGAGUCAAACCAGUUUGGCAACCAGCUGAACGUAACAUGCUCGAGCAAUGGUAAAUCUAGUACAUACUACAUGCAGAAUCCAACCAGUUCCCAGAUCCAGCAAUUGUGUACUCAGCUUUGUCGUUGAGUUUGAUGAUAGUUGGAAUGAGAUGUUCAUUUGUUCAUAUUAGUGCUUCAAGCUCUCAUGAGCUAUUUAGUUUAUACCUUUUGCCUUAUUCAGGAGACAGGAUAAAAAGGAUACUUUAUGCCUUGUAGAUUUGCUUAUCUCUUUUUGUAUAUAUAAUAGGAAAAUGUUAAACUUCAGCUUCUAGGAUGAUUUUAAACAACUAAAAAUAACAAUUUUUAUUGGAAAGGAAAGUAUUUAUUACAUCCAGAAUAUAAAAGUGUAAUAAAAAAAUUUUUUCAAUAAAAAUUUAAUAUUUUCAGAAGUUUAAAAUCAACCUUGAGGCGGGUUGAUAAAACCCUAUGUAUAUUGAUUGAUUUGUAU